CUCUUUUUUUCUCUCUCUUUUCUAUUUUUUCUUACGCGAUUGGGACAAAAACGUUUAUCAACGGAAUUUAACUUUCAGACACAUAAUUAUCCCCAGGAUAUAUAACAAGGUGUUACAAGAAGAAUCUGUUCAAUAAAAUGUGUACUGCAGACAAAGAACAGUGGAAAGAGCUUACAGAGAUAUAAAGAAUCUAUUGCAUUACGAAGGUUUCUAACGCCGUACAACUUUCUGUAUUGCAUUUUUGGACUUGUUAAAUAUAAAUAGUGGAAAGGAUAGUGUGGCUAAUAUAGUAAUAAUAAUAUUAAAUACCCAAAACCUAGAUAUAUUUAAAAAGGAUGUAAUGGAGAUGAAUUUCAAGAAUGCCGAAUUUAAUCAAUAUAUUUCAGUAACUGGUGGCAAUUUAGAUGAUGGUUCUCAAUCCAAGCCGAAUGCUAAUAAAAAAGAUCACCAUUUUCCUUAUUUGGUAUUUAAAAAUAUGCCUAAAGGAACGACAAAGCAGACUUUAUGGAGCAUUUGUUCAAAAAAUGGUCUCGUAAAAGCUGUCAGACAUGAUAAUAAAAGUGGCUGCUAUUUUGUAGAUUUCGCGACAGUAGUAGAUGCGGAAACGGUUUGUCAAAGUCUGGAAAACAAUACGUUGGGUUUCCAGGUGAUCGUCGGUAAGAAGAAAAAGACUGCCAGUGCUCCAAUACCUCCAGACCUAGCCACUCAAAGUACUCAACAAGAGAAUCGUACUUGCCUUUCUUCAGAAAAAUUGUCUCCCCAUCUUUAUGCUGGUGCACAACAAGCUUUAGACCGCAAUUUUCAAAAUGGAUUCAUUUUUAAUGAUGAUAUACAUACUUUUGAUCUUAAGAAUAAGGGUAAUACAAACGCAUGCAUUGAUUCUGAAGGAGGACACAUAACCGUGCCCGAUAAAGUGAAAAAUUCUGAUGAGGGUGGGACGCACACUAACGAAGAAUUUACUCGAAAGAAAAUAGGGUUCAAAAAUAUCGAAUGUACUUUGUGCAGACAUGAGUGUCGUUUAGUUUGCAGGCGCUGUCGCGGUUAUGACAAUAUAUUGGGUUACUACUGUAGCGUAGAAUGCCAAAAAAGAGAUUGGGAAAAGCAUCGCUAUAUUUGCGGAAAUCCUAGGAGACCAUUGCAUGUUGAUAUUAUUAGUCAUGCUUCAUUGAACAGAAACGUUGAAAAACAGGAGAAAUCUGACUACUCUGAGCUAAUUAAGCAAAUGCCACGAAGUGGAAUUAUCGUAACUAUAACAGCAAUUAUGAAAAGUAACGUGGUUUUCAUACGUUCCAAAGACUACGAUGAUAAUGAAAAUUUUUGCAAAACGGUCAAUGGCUUGCAAAAGCUGGGCGAAACUCUAAAGACGGCCAUUGGGAAACCGCGGUGCGGUCAAGUUUUCCUUAGUAAAUUUCGUGAUCAAUUCUACCGCGUUAUGAUAUUAAAUCAUACUGAGAAUGAAGAAGUUCACGUCGUCUACAUUGAUUAUGGAAAUGUGGACACACUGAAUUUGAAAGAUUUAUAUGAAGCACCUGACGAGUACACACGAAUACCUCGUUAUGCUUUACCAGUUAUAUUAAAGGAUGUACCGAACUGUUACAUGACCGAGGAAAUAACCAAAAUCAUGUAUUCGUAUCUGAAUAAAAACGUUUAUCUUAAAUAUGAACAGAGAGAUCUUACUGAAAAUGGUGUUUAUAUGGUUGAGCUAAUUGACGAGAGCAUGCAGCAAAAUUUUAAUGCAGCGAUUAAAAACUGGGCGAUACCCCGAGAACCGUUUAACUCUAGCGAAAUUUGCUUUAAAGAUUAUUUGAAGCAUGUAAUGCUACCGAGUGGUGAUAAUAUUGAAUUGGUGGUAAUGGAUAACUCAUCAAUGCAUACCGGUGUUAUUUCUUGUACUACAAAGCCUUACGCUGUGAAAAUACAAAAAUUUAAGAGAGAUAUACAAAAAUAUGCUCAAAACGUAUCCACUACACGUUAUGCACCGCAACUUGACGAAUUGUGCAUAGCAAAGUAUAACGUGGAUGGCGAAUGGUAUCGUGGUUGUUGGUUAGGACUUUAUGGUACGGGUGAGGCUUAUAUAAUGUUUAUUGAUUACAAUAGAAUUGAACGCGUCGAAGUUGACAACAUACGGCCGUAUCCGCUACAAUUCACUUAUCCUAUCUAUACAUCUGAUUGCGAAAUUAGAGGUCUGCCUGAAAGAUGCAGCGAGAUGUUGGUCGAAAAAUUGAAGGAACUUAUACCCAAUGGAACUAUACUAAAAUGUGACGAUGUAAAAUCAUACGAGGCAGAUAAAUUUCACAUAAUUUCUUUACCUUAUAUCAUAAAAGAGCUGAAAUCAUUGAAUUUAUUGUAAACCCAACGUGACAUGAAAGGACAAAAGUCCUUGUGGAUGAGGAGAAACUGUAAAGAAAACUUACAUUUAAACUGUGAUUUUUCAUAUUUAAAUUUCACCUUAUUUUAAUUGAAAAGAUUAUCUGCUUAAUCUUUUUUUUUUACUUUUAAACAUCUAAGACGUAUUGGCACUAGUCCAAAGAAAUAAAUACUACAUUGUGUAAAAGCAA